AUGGCCGUGUGCAGGAUGCUGCAGGACAGGCAUCGCUGGAUGGGUCCAGAUGGGAGAGAAGAUGACAGCAUGUCUGUCGGCCUGUCAGUCAGCGCUCUCUCCGGCACUCAGGAGGCGCUCAUCCCCAUAACCUGCACCAGCUCGCUCCCGGCUACAGCACGGGGACCCUCCACACUCACUGACACCUCGUACUCAGGCAGAGGCUCGGGCAAAAGUGUGAGCGUAUCCAGCCGGAUUUACACCACACUUCUGAUGUCCACAUAUGCACUUGACAAUGCAGAGCUCAGUCCACUCAGAACCGGAGCCAAUCUCCACCAGUGGAUUGUCCAGAGCACUUUGCACCACGCUGCGACCCGCAUCAGCCACGGACACUUAGGAACAAUCAUGUGGAGGGUGGUGGGCAGCCGAUUAUGA